AGUUAAACAGACACCAAGACAGAAGGAUAGAAUUUGGAGGAAAGAAGAGCUUUAGCAGUAUUGCACUUCAGAGGACUCAGUGCUCAGGAGAUAAACUGACAGAGGACAAAGCAGCAGUAAGUGAAACAGCUCUUUGAAGAAAGGAAGAAAAAUGACUCAAAUGACCAUGUAUGAUGCUCAUGUAUAAUUACAUAAUUAAUAAUUAUACAUGAUUAUAUAAAGGAAAAGAGGAAGAGAGAGAGAGAGAGAAAAAGAGAGAGCACUGGUCUAAACAGAAAUCUCCCCCAUCUGCAACUGGUCUAGCCUUUGUGCUGGGUACAUUGGGAUGGCCUUCAGGAGUCUGCUCUUACUGACUGGACUGGCUCUUGUGGCCUUGUCUGAGGGGGCAAGACAGAGACGAAACUCUCAACUGAAAAGACAGAAGAGAGAAUGGAUCAUCAGUCCUAAGCUCCUGACUGAGAAUGAAGAUCACAGACACCUGGAUUUUGUGGCCAAAAUCCGAUCAGACCGGGAUGAUGGACUCCCUGUGUUCUACUACCUGAAAGGGCCUGGGGCAGACGAGAACCCGGUAAACCUAUUCAUAGUCAACAAAGACGGCCUAGUCAAGAUUAACGGCAUUCUGGACCGAGAGCAGCAGUCAGAAUACAAUAUGACUGGUUAUGCAGCUUUCAAAGAAAAUGAUUCCCUGGCAGAGGCCCCCAUUGCAGUAAAUAUAAAGGUACAGGACAUGAAUGACAAUGCUCCAGUUUUACCACAACUGCCAACUGUCAGCAUCUAUGAGGAUAGCCCAGAAGGAACAUUUGUGGCGCAAGUGCAUGCAAUGGAUGCGGAUGAGCCAGGAACCGCUCACGUGGCUAUCGCCUACAGCGUGGUGAAGCAGGAGCCAGAGGAUGGCAAGAUACAUUUCCGUGCUGAUAAAGCCACUGGCAAGAUUUAUGUCCAGUCUGAAAUCGACAGAGAGAAAACCAGCUCCUACAUCCUCACUGUCCAGGCAGCAGACAUGGGAGGUGAGCUAGGGGGACUGACAGGAACAUCCACCAUGAUGGUGCACAUCUUGGACGUCAACGACAUAGUCCCCAAACUGGAAAAGGAUGAGUUUUCAGUAAGUAUUGAUGAGAAUGUGGCAGAUGUCGAGGUAAUGCGCUUCAAAGCCUUGGAUGAUGACCUUAAAGGAUCAGACAAUUCGCGAGCUGUGUUUCACAUUGUGUCGGGAAAUGAGGAUGACUACUUCAGCGUUUACACCGACCCCAGGACUAACGAGGGUGUGCUGAUGCUCAAGAAGCCUGUUGAUUUUGAGGCAGUUCCUAACCUGAACCUGGGGGUUGUGGUGAUGAAUCAAGCAGCUCAAGGAGCCAGGGUACCAGGAGAUGCAGGAGGCUCUGGUGGAGGAGGAGGGGGUGGA